CACAGCGGAGUCACUCGCGAGAGCUACGCGCGUUCGCUACGAGUCGCUACGUCGUAGUCAACACGUAUGUCCGAGAAUUAUUACGCGCCGAUUCGACUACGACACGUUCAAAUUCGUGACUGGUAUUUGUGUGCGUGAUGUGUAUUUAAUAGUGUGGAAUUUCUCUAAGGAAAAACAGAUAAGGGAGAAAGGGGAGCACCUGUUAAUGGAAACUUUAUUAAAACAGUUUUGCGACAGACAAUAGUUUGUUUGAAUAAAGUGCUGAACAAAACAAGAAUGCGAGGUACAGGUGGAUAGCAUGACAGCUUUUGCCACCGCGGCCUGAUGGCGCUAAUGCGCCGAAUACUAGGCGACGCCCAGGCGAAACUUCGAAAAAUGGUCGAUGAACAAGUGUCGGUGGGGACGAGGGUUGAUACUGAGGCGGAGCCGGAACCUGCUGAUCCUCUCAUCACUCCAGCAUGUUCAGUUCUCGAUAGGUCGGACUUGGACAGACCAGUGCCUCCCGAAAGACGACUGCUUAUUAGCACACUCGACAAGCCAAGGAACGGAUCUCUAAACGGGGACCAAGCCACCCUUAAUAGAUCAACUAGACUAUCUAUUAGAAAUGGAAAAGAUAACCCAUUUAUUGUUUCUUCUCCAGAUGAUGACAAUAAAGAAAAUCAUACGAAUGGUAAACUCGAUUCUCCAAUGAAAUGGUCGGCUCAAAAUGGUAGUGACAGUGGCACAUAUGCUGAAAUAGGGAAUAGCAAUACAAGCGAUAAGAAUCCUUUGGAUCCAGCUGAUAGUUCGGAAGAGGAGGUGCCGUUACCUGAUGCCACCUCACCAGGUCGGAGUAGCGAUGGACCGGAACCUAGAGCUGAUAUUACGGCUACACUCGAUGGAGAUGCGGCGUCUCCAGGCGGUCGGUCGGACCGAUCGCGUCAGGAAGAUGUUCCCGCAUCCCCCGGGAUGCUCUCUGCCGCUCAAAUGGCUCGACGGCUGCGAUCUGAGAACGAACGGCUACAGGCGGAGUUAACCCGGGUUCGACGAUUGCUCGUAGCGGCUGUGGAGAGGGGAGAAGUGGGGAACGCCCUUAUCGAAAGGGCUCAGGGGGAGGAAGAGGAGAGUCCGCCGCUCGACCCGCAGCAGAUGGAGAAAGAGCUGCUGUUAGCCAGGGAAGCUGUUAGCUCUCUGAAGGCUGAUAAGAAGAGGCUUAAAGCUGAGAAAUUCGAUUUACUCAACCAAAUGAAGCAGCUUUACGCGACUCUUGAGGACAAAGAGAAGGAGCUCCGGGACUUCAUUAGAAAUUAUGAACAGAUGCGGUCAAGAAGCGGCGCGUCCUCUGCGUUGGGAGCGGAGCGUGCAGAGCGGGAACGCGAGCGGGCUGCUCUUUUGCGUCACGCCAGAGAUGAAGCGGAGAGGUCCUUACAAUUGGCCGCGGCGUUAAGUGCCCGAGAUACGCAGCUACGACAUGCAAGGGAACAAUUAUAUGAAGCACGUAGACAACUCCAGGCAGCGGGAUGUCUUUCGGAGGGAGAGAGUGUGGCAUCGUUGGGUAUCGGUCCACCUAUGAUCCUCGGUGGUCCUUCAGGUCUUCUUGGAGACAGGGGCAGCUGCAGCGCUGAUUCAGGUGUUAGAGUGACAGGUAGCAGCGAUGGGGGUGCCACAUCGGUGUGCGGAGGAAAUCUCUCUGAUUCUACGGCAGAGGGCGCUCCACUGAAUAUAGACCCCUACGAUACAGAUGCAGUCUCUCUCGUGUCGUCUGCGCAUCCUAUAUAUCAAUUGAGUACACCACGUGACUGCAGUCCUACGCUGUCUCCGCACAAUAGCGCUUCGCCUUUCAGCCGCUCGGUCGACGCUGGCUCGCUCUCCAGGUCCGUGGAACAGCUGUCGAGUCCUGGGGAGUGUGAAUCAGCGCUGUUGGGAGGGAUGCGGACACGUGGGAGUGCCAGCAAAUCGGGCAGAGGCCGGGGCUCCGCGUGGGGCUCCAUAUCACGAGUCUUCGCGAGAAGUAGACAUCGCACCAAGUCAGGCAGCGCGGCUUCUAGUGGACAUGAAAGUGAACCAGUGUAUGCCAGCGGCAGCGGCCGUGCUUGGUCGCCUUUGGGCAGUGAGUCGGCCUUGCGUGAGGCGGCCUCUCUGCCUUUGUCGCGAUGGCGAGCACCGGCCAUCAUUGCCUGGCUUGAACUGGCCCUGGGAAUGCCACAGUAUGCUGCUACCAUCGCCGAUAACGUCAAGAGUGGAAAGAUCCGUGCUUUGAAUGGGCAGGUUUUGCUAGAGCUGACAGACACGGACCUUGAGGUCGGCUUGGGGAUUACACAGCCGAUGCACAGGAAGAAACUGCGGCUGGCCAUCGAGGAGCGGCGACGGCCAGACCUCGUGCGGAACCCCAGCAUUGGGCAACUGUCGCACGCCUGGGUCGCCGCGGAGUGGCUGCCUGACCUCGGAUUGUCGCAGUAUGCUGAGUCGUUUUUGGCGAAUUUGGUGGACGCUCGAAUGCUCGACACAAUCAGCAAAAAGGAAUUGGAGAAGUAUUUAGGUGUGACGAGGAAAUUUCAUCAAGCCUCAAUCGUCCACGGGAUCCAUUUGCUCCGAAUUAUGAAGUACGAUCGCCAGGCUUUAGCUGUUCGUCGUCAUCAAUGUGAAAAUGUUGACGCAGAUCCUUUGGUGUGGACCAACCAGCGCUUUAUACGCUGGGCACACAACAUUGACUUGGGUGAAUUUGCUGACAAUCUCAAAGAUAGCGGAGUUCACGGAGGAUUAGUCGUACUGGAACCAUCAUUCACUGGAGAAACGAUGGCCACUGCUCUGGGGAUUCCGCCUUCGAAGAGUAUAAUUCGAAGACAUCUGGUGGCCGAGUUCGACGCUCUCAUCAUCCCCGCAAGGUAUACGAUAUUUUGCCAGGUGGAAGAACUGCAAGUGGAGGCUGCCCGAGCAUCCAUGUUGUCCACGAAACAGAGAUAAACAUAGAAAAGUUAAAAAGCUCUCGUUUAAAAAGUAAAUAAAGCUUCGAGUCCGGUCCCCGCGCGUGUAUCUAUGUAAAGUCCCCUUAUACUCGUAUAGUAAAGUGCUAUUUUUCCACUAAAGAAUUUCUUUGCAAGAAAUGUAUUUUAUAGAAUUCUUCCGUCAAACUUGCUCGUUCGAGAUUUUUUGAUCGGAAACUUUACGAACGGUGAAGACUGAUAAGUUAUUGUAGGUAUCGAGGUUUGUAAGUGAAGUGUCUCGAAAAGUUUGACGAACAACCGCAAUCAUUUAUUCACGUUCCACGUCGUGUUUGUUAGAAUUCGUGUCCCAAUAGACCGGUCUAUCGGAACUCGACCCGUAGGAGUUAUAGAUUUUUGGCACAUCUUAAUGUAAUUCAGAUUCGAAUCAAUGAUAAUAUUAGUGAACGUUGAUAUUCAAAUUAGAUGAAUUGCGCGUAGCAUUUGAUGCUUCGUGUUUUUAUUAUAGGAGGCAAUCGUCCCUCAUUAUUAUAUUUACUAAUGCAUUCCUUUUAUCGUACGAAUUUAAAGGAAACGAUUUAAAUUCAUCGAAUAAAUUUUGAUUAUUAAAUCGGAACCGUUCACGAUCAAAUAGCUUUAGGAUUAAUACAAUAAAUAGCAUUACUAAUAUUGUAAGAUAUCUAUGUUUUCGACUUGUAUUGUAUACAUUCCUAAUGUAAAAUUGAAUUAUGUAUGUAUAUUAGAUCAAUUGUAACGGUAUUCUUCGGCAUAUGAAUGUGAAUAAAAUCAAAAAUGAGAAAACUAUGAAAUUGUCGAGUCAUUAUCUUGUCCGUCACCCCUAUCUUGGCGAUCAUCGAGGCAGAACGGUAAAUCAUUUUAUCGAUAAAUCAUGAAUGCCUCUCUGUCAUCAUCAUUAGAGCGCACCUUUUUCGGGCUUAGUCCACUCUGUCAUUCGAUAAUUUAUUUCAUAAAACAUUGUCGAUUACUUUGUUUAUAACCAUACGUAAUUUUGUUUCUUGUUAUACAGAUUUCUGCUUCAAUUUCUUUUCAAAUUUUCUUGUGAAAUCGACUUCUUACCAAAGAAAAAUGUUGUUCCGCUUCGAGAAAGUUAAUCCAGCGGCACGCGCCGAGUGCUCACCUAUCUUUUCUUUUAUCUUAGAACAAUUUUCGUCACAAAGAGUCAAAGUGAAAAUUAGGAGGUGGAAACGUUGGUGAAACUUACACCGAAUUCUUUUGAUGUAAAAAGUUUGUCGGCAAAAAAGCUUUAUCUAACUUAAUUAAAAGAUUUCAAGUUCCAUAUUGUUAAAGCUUAUUGCAUAGUUCUAAAUGUUGAAUCGAUUUUAUCCAAUACAAUGUUAUUCUUUGGUAGCCAUCGUUUGUUUUUGUGCUAGGUAAUUUUUUCACUAUUUUUGUACACAUUAGCAUGAUUUGUAUUUUUCCCGUGCAUCAUGCUUUUGGUGUGAGCUGAGUUUAUUCUGUACAUAAUCUUUGAUUCAUUUUAAGUUUUCAUUUUCUAAAUUAAAGACCGGUGUGAAAUCAAAAAAAUGCAAAUAUUUUGCAUGAAGCUUUCUGUGUUAGAGACAAUAAUGUGCCUAAUGGUAACGAAAUGAUAAAUCUCUGGCUGAUGUAUAGCUUC